CUUGGGAUAGGGUUGCGAUAACACGUGUCUAACCCCCAAUGGGUCUAUGUGUUUAAUUCAUAAUAAAUAUAGAAAUUUCAUAUGUAAAUUGAGUAUACAACCAUUGCAUUUGAAAACAAUUUUUCAUUAAAGAAAGAAACAAGAAAAAAAAAUUUUUGAACAAAAAAUUGAAAAUUUUAUUUUAAUAAAAUAUGUGUAAUAUAUGGUAGAAGAGACAUGUCAUUCAAUUAACAUUACCAACAAACAAAUUUAAAUUUUCAUUCAUAAAUUACGGAAAGUCUGUUACGGUUAAUUGUUGGAACAUUUGAAAUAUUUUUGGAAAAAAAUGAACUAAAAAAAAGGAUUUUUACAAUUAAUCAGUCGGGCCCAAUACAAUAAAAUAUUAUUGAAAACAAUAUCCGAAUUAAUGAUGUGGGGGUGUUUGUGAAUUAUCAUCAACCAACCAUCCUGUACAUUAAUAUUUGAUUCUGAUGGAUAUUCGAUGUUGAUAUUUGUAUGAAACAGAAAAAAGCGACUAUUGCGGAAAGGUGCAUCGACAUUCAGCUUGUCGUAUGGAAGAACCGGAGUCAAUUGCAAUUGUAUAAUCUUCGUUCUAAUAAAUUUUAAAAGUCAACCAUCCGUAAAAUCAGUUGAUAUUCAAAAUUCGUAAAAGAAGUGAUGCCCGGACGGGUUUCAGUGUUGGUAAACGGUUUUGUGAAGAUGAAUAAAAUAAACCGCGGUGUUGUCGAUAAAAAUGCAAUGAGAAUUUCAGUGUAACUCGACGACCAAAGAAAAUGAUCAAAGUGUUUUGUAUUCUAUUUGAACACCAAAAAAGUUCUUUAAUUUUUCAUUAUAAUUUUAAUUAGCUAGAGAAACAAAAACCCUACCGUCGAAGUGAAUGUGUGUUGCUUAUUUCUGUAGACGGAAGCCUUAUUGAAAAAAGUGAAUAGUCGGUAACAAUUUGGUGCCCAUACUGAAUACCAGCCAUUUUGUAAGGCGCUCCAAUGCGCUGGUCACAAAUAGUUUUGUAUAAGGAAAACCAAAGCAGAAAUUCACAUUUCAAAAUGGUACCACCUUAAGUUGGAAAUGAAACCCAAAAAUGAAAUUGUAAAAAUGGUUUGAAUAUUGUGCUCUAGUGUCCAUUUCGUAAAAGCGCGAUUCAACACACAUAAACCGCAACAUCUUCACCAAACAUACAACACCAAUAAUAAUGAAUAAUGUAACUGAAUACUAUUGGGAUAUUUCACAGUUGUUUACGCUCGACAAUAAAUCAUUUUACAACACAACGGACGACUUGUACUUUAUCGAAAAAAAUUGCUGUACAACCACCACUGAACCGAACUUUUCGAAAUACCUGGAAGCAUUGCCAAAUGAUCGCAUUGGACUGUUGGCAUUUUUAUUCCUAUUUUCAUUUGCGACCGUCUUCGGUAACUCGUUGGUGAUAUUGGCAGUUAUUCGGGAACGAUAUCUUCACACCUCGACCAAUUUGUUUGUGACCAGCUUAGCGGUAGCUGAUUGUCUAGUCGGAUUGGUUGUUAUGCCAUUUUCAGCAUUAUACGAAGUAUUAGAAAAUACAUGGUUUUUCGGAACGGAUUGGUGUGAUAUAUGGCGGUCGUUAGAUGUUUUAUUCAGCACAGCGUCUAUUUUGAAUUUAUGUGUAAUUUCAUUGGAUCGAUAUUGGGCGAUAACGGACCCAUUUUCUUAUCCAAUGCGGAUGACGAGAAAGAAAGCCGCAGCUCUCAUCGGCGUCGUGUGGGUAUGUUCUGGUGCUAUAAGUUUUCCGGCUAUCGUUUGGUGGCGCGCCGCCAGAGAAGGUGACAUGCCCGCAUACAAGUGUACAUUUACAGAGCACUUAGGAUAUUUAGUCUUCUCGUCGACAAUAUCAUUUUAUCUUCCUCUACUCGUUAUGGUGUUCACUUAUUGUCGCAUCUACCGGGCAGCGGUUGUGCAAACGCGAUCUCUGAAACUCGGAACGAAACAAGUGCUAAUGGCUUCAGGUGAAUUACAAUUAACAUUACGCAUACAUCGUGGUGGUACCACAAGAGAAGGCCACCAUCAUCAUCAUUCGGCAACGGCAACAUCCACACCAGAAGAUCCCGAAGAAGAACCAUUAUCGGCCUUGCACAACAACGGAUUGGCUGUAGCAAGGCAUCGGCAUAUGGGGAAAAAUUUCUCACUUUCAAGAAAGCUCGCAAAAUUUGCAAAAGAGAAAAAGGCGGCAAAAACUUUAGGCAUCGUGAUGGGUGUUUUCAUAAUUUGUUGGCUUCCAUUUUUUGUUGUGAAUUUAUUGUCGGGAUUUUGUAUACAGUGUAUAGAACAUGAAGAAAUUGUAUCGGCUGUCGUUACGUGGCUGGGAUGGAUAAAUUCGAGUAUGAAUCCAGUAAUAUAUGCUUGUUGGAGUCGAGAUUUCAGAAGAGCCUUCGUUAGAAUAUUAUGUGUGUGCUGUCCUAGGAAAGUAAGAAGAAAAUAUCAGCCAACCAUGCGAUCGAAAUCACAGAGAUUCGCAUCAAGGAGAUGUUAUUCAACGUGUUCCUUACAUGGCAUUCAACAAGUUCGACAAAAUUCGUGCGAACAGACAUACAUAUAAUAGUCCAGCUAAAUAAACUCUCUCGCAACCACAAAAAGAUGAAAGUUUAAAUUGCGCGGUGAUAAUCAUUUUUUGAAACAUACUAAAACACUGAUGAAAUGAUGACGACACGCAACAUAUUGUUAUAUAUAAUAAGUUCAGCCUUGUUUUAAAAAAGAAAAAGAAAAUCCAUUUAUGGAGACUGUUUAUAUGUAUCAUAGUGAAGUUAACUCGAUUUGCUUUUAUUAACGAAACUUAACCGAAACACACUUCAUGUAAUAUUUUUCUUGAUAUUACCCAUCGAAAUAGAAUCUUCCAGCCGUCAGGUAUGUACCAAAGAAAACCAAUAAAAUCCAAUAAAUUAACCAGUCCAAUUUGCAAGCAACAUUGGCACAUAUCACCCUAUCUCUACUAAAGUUUCACUAUUGUAAUUUUCUCGCAAUUUACCUAAUUCUCACCACUUU